UAAUUCGUGUAAUUAAUCAAAUAAUUGAUUAGAAUCUGAAUUCACUUGAGUGAAAGGAGUCGAGAAGAUCUUAACCUUUUUAUAUAUAAAUAAUUUUUGAAUAAUCGGAUUCGAAACUAACUAUUGAGCUUGAAAAUUCGAUAAUUAUCAAAAGUAAUGAAAAUGUUGAGAGUUUUACGGGGAAACGUCAGAUCGAUUGGAAGAAGAGAGAGAAAUGUGACAACUUGGUCACCCCUGGCAAAGGUCUUCAAUGCAGGAAUCACCGAAGACGUUCGGAUGUCCGAGAAAAAUGUCGGUUUAUUUGGCACACCGGAGCUACAGUCUGCUGAUGGUUUCAACGACCUGAAAAAUCAGGCGGCAGCUGACUCGACUCGUUUAAUAAACGAGGCGACGAGUCCGCACCGCUCCCGAAAAAUGGUGCAAAUUUUCGAUGACCUAUCUGAUUCACUCUGCAGGGUAGCAGACCUCGCAGAAUUCGUGAGGAUUGCCCACCCUGAGGCGUGUUUUUCCGAGGCAGCUGAGGAUGCCUGCGUGGAGGUCAGCGGUAUCGUUGAAAAACUCAACACCCACCGAGGGCUGUACAAUGCCCUGCUGCAAGUCGUUGAGUCCGGGGAUAUCCAGUGUACCACAGAAAUCGACAAUCACGUCUCGAAGCUGUUUCUCUUCGACUUCGAGCAAUGCGGAAUCCAUUUACCCGAGAACCUGAGGCGUGAGGUCGUCGCCCUGAACGCUCAUAUCCUCCAGGUUGGCCAGAGAUUCAUGACAGGGGCUGUGACUCCACGAGCUGUCCAGGGUAAUGUCCUCCCUGAGCACAUAAGACACUACUUUAGGAAGGAUGAUGGCCAAAUCCUCAUCCAUGGCCUCUACACCGACUCAGCGAAUUCCCUAGCUCGUGAGGCAGCUUACAAAAUUUUUUUAUACCCCGAUGAUCACCAGGAGCACCUUCUCAAGGAGCUCCUUAAUGCUCGGCAUCGGUUGGCGACAAUAUGUGGCUUUUCCACGUACGCGCAUAGGGCCAUUAAGGGAAGCACUGUGGAGACUCCAGAAGUUGUCUGUAAUUUUCUGGGGAUCAUGAGCGAGGAGUUGAGGGACAGGGCGCAGGAGGACUUCGAUGUUAUGAGGGAGAUGAAGAGGAAAGAGUCAAGUGGUCAGGAUCUCAUGCCCUGGGAUACCACUUAUUUCAGCACCAAAGCCAAGAAGGGCUGGUUCAAUAUUUGCAGCAGUGAGUUCACUCCUUAUUUCUCCCUGGGGGCAUGUAUGGACGGCCUGAACAUCCUGACGCAGUCACUGUAUGGGAUCAGGCUGGAGUCGCAGCCGCUAGAGACGGGGGAGACCUGGAGUCCGAAUAUUCACAAACUCGCCGUGGUGUCCGAGGAGGAAGGAAUCCUAGGGUUUAUCUACUGCGAUUUUUAUGAGAGAGAGGGAAAACCUCACCAGGACUGUCAUUUCACUAUUCGUGGAGGAAGGCAACUUCCUGAUGGUAGUUAUCAGAAUCCUGUGGUUGUGCUGAUGCUGUCAUUGCCAUCUCCUCGAUGGUCCAACCCCUGUCUCCUGAGUCCAGCAUCUGUCGAUAAUCUCUUUCAUGAAAUGGGGCAUGCAUUACACUCGAUGUUGGGCAGAACGCAGUAUCAGCACGUGACUGGAACUCGUUGCAGUGCAGAUUUUGCGGAAGUGCCCAGUGUCCUCAUGGAGUAUUUUGCCAGUGAUCCAAGGGUUGUCAAAAUGUUUGCCAAGCACUAUCAGACCCAGGAGACGAUGCCCCAGUCCAUGCUGGACAAACUGUGUGCCUCGAAGAAUGUCUUCGCUGCCUCUGACCUCCAAGUGCAGGUGUUCUACAGUAUGCUGGAUCAGGUUUACCAUUCGAAACCCCUGGCGACCUCGAGCACCGAAAUAUUGGCGAGAAUUCAGCGGCAGUAUUAUGGGCUUCCAUACGUAGACAAUACAGCCUGGCAGUUGAGGUUUUCUCAUCUCGUGGGAUAUGGUGCAAAGUACUACUCCUACCUCAUCUCCAGAGCUGUUGCCUCCUGGAUCUGGCAGACGUACUUUCAAGCGGAUCCCCUGAGUCGUUCGGCAGGAGAAAAAUACCGUAGGGAGUGUCUGGGUCAUGGCGGUGGUAAACCCCCAUCAAAAGUUGUCUCUGAUUUUCUGAAUAAAGAAGCAAGUGCCGAGAAUUUCGCCAAAUCCCUCAUCGCCGAAAUCGACGUCAAGGAUAAACUCGUUAAGUCCAUUAAAAACUAAUCAUCAAUUAGUCACUAGUUGUUUUGUAAAAAUGGCCCAAUGUACAGGAUAAAGUGUCAUCGAUAAUAAUUUUCGUAUAGAAUAUUUUUCGUUGUAUUUUUAUUA